AUGUCGCUCGUCUCAAAUACUACGCCCACUGCACCAAGGGUUGUCGAGCCCGGUUUUGCCAAACCUGGCGAACCGAUUCUCCAGCCUGACGACGUCAAGUAUCCUUGGUACAAAGUGCUGGUUCUGCCGUGGUCCGAGAAGGGAUAUCGCGAAGUUGAGGACACCAAGAAGCUCAUCGAUACCUUCGAACCGCUCCUCGAACUCCCGCCGGAGUUUGACCCCUGGUCACAGCCCCUGAAGUAUCCACCGCCGAAAUUCUAUUACGGAUGGCCCGUCGAUAGCGCGCUCACGCUGGAGUACGCUCGCCAGCUCGACCUAGUCUGCUAUUGGGCAGGCACCGGCGCUGUGGAAUGCAAGUCCCAAACCGAGGUCGAACCGGACGACCAAGUCAGCGACGAGUGGACCUUGUACGAGGUGGAGCAGUAUCUCAAGCCCGUCGUUUCGCUCGUACAGUCGUACGGAGCGCGAAGCUACAAAGAUCCUUAUUUGCUGGUUUGGUCGCUGUACACCAACUGGACCUCGCCUGCCCGACGUCCAACGACAGAGCAAAUCGCGGGGCUGCAGGAAGAACUUGGCUACGAGGAGGGACCGAGGUGGUUUCUGACUUGCGAUGUAUGA